AUGUUGACACUAUCGUCGUGGACGUUGACACUAUCAUCGUGGACGUUGACACUGGACGUUGACACUAUCGUCGUGGACGUUGACACUUUCAUCGUGGACGUUGACACUAUCGUCAUGGACAUUGACACUAUCAUCGUGGACGUUGACACUAUCGUCGAGGACGUUGACACUAUCAUCAUGGACGUUGACAUUAUCGUCGUUGACGUUGACACUAUCAUCUUGGUCCUUGACACUAUCAUCACGGACGUUGACACUAUCAUCGUCGACGUUGACACUCUCAUCGUGGACGUUGACACUAUCGUCGUGGACGUUGACACUUUUAUCGUGGACGUUGACACUAUCGUCUUGGACGUUGACACUAUCAUCGUGGACGUUGACACUAUCGUCGUUGACGUUGACACUAUCAUCGUGGACAUUGACACUAGCAUCGUGGACAUUGACACUCUCAUCGUGGACGUUUACACUAUCGUCGUGGACGUUGACACUUUCUUCGUGGACGUUGAUACUAUUAUCGUGGACGUUGACACUAUCAUCGUGUUUCUAAGCUUGUCCGUAUUAGUUUUGAUGCUACUAAGAUCGGUUUGA